GUCGAUAACAAGUCGCGGAAUAGAUCAGACGUGUCGUUCUCUGGUGAAAUAGUGCUUCAAUAUUUAUUCAAACUCAUAUAGCGCGGAUAGCUUCUACAGACACACGGUAUGAAUAUAAAAAAGAGAGAGAGAAAGAGCGAAGAAAUGGUUUUGCACAAUUUAGAUUAGAUUCAUGAGAAAGUCUAAGGGGGAGACGUGAACUUUUGAAGAUAUAAAUAUUCAUAGUUUGAAAGAAACAUCGCUAGCAUUCAAGGUGGUCUAAAGGUGCAAACUUUAAGCGUGUCUUUAAGCAACUUAAAGCAUAUUGACAAUGUCCACUACGUUAUCUUAAUCUUUUGUAAAAGAAAAGAGAAUUCUGUUUGACGGGAACCAUCCGUGCACUAUGGUUCAAACAGCAUAUAAAGCGUGCAGAGAGUACCGCUGGCAGUUCGGCUCAUACAUUUUACGAGCCGUGCUCUGCCGCUCGCAGACGGCUUUAUGGCGGGGGAAAAGGAGGUGGCAGAGAGGAUCCUCUCGCGCCGUGCUACAAGCAGUGAUCUCACUCCCAGGAGAUCAGCCGCGCUCGAGACUAGCUUUAUGCGGGAGGAGAAGAGCGAAUCGAGGAACGACAGAUAAAAAGAAAAAGAGAGAGAGCGUACGAAAGUCUCUGUAUGCGAGACUGAGAGAGAUAACGUGACAGAGAGUACAUGACAGAGUAAGAAAGAAAGAGAGAGAACGAACGUACCGAGAAAGAGGACAGAGGGAGACAGACAAAGUGGUGGGAGUAACUCCGGGCGUCGGCGAGAGAAGAGCGAGAAAGAAAGAGAAAGAGCGAGAGAGAGAGAGAGAGAGAGAGAGAGAGAACGAGAGACGGGUAGGAGGGAAAGGAGAAGACAGAGACUCUCGACCAAGAGAAGGAGCGGUGGGAAUUUAUAAGGAUGUUCGCGAUAAUGCCGAUGGAGACAGAGGGGCACGGCAGGGAGUUCGGCCGGCGGCAGAAGAUGCGCGCCAAGUGCACGGUAGAGUUCGUCUGCAAGUACUGCCAGCGGCGCUUCACGAAGCCCUACAACCUCAUGAUCCAUGAGCGCAGCCAUAAGGACGACGUGACCUUCACCUGCGAGGUCUGCGGAAAGUCCUUCAAACGGCAGGACAAUCUCAAGCAGCACAGAUGUGGGUGGCGGUGAGCGGGAGCUCUCUGAACCUCCUGCACCUUGACACAUACACAAAAUGCACACGCCAGCAACAUGAACAAUUUUACAAUAGACAACAGACAACAGACAACAAUUAAAAAAUUGCACCUACAAUGAUAAACUGCAACCUACACGCACUCUCUCUUUCUCUCUCUCUCUCUCUCUCUCUCAUUCUUGAUCACCCGCACUUUUUCCCCCGAUCGACAACUAUAUGUACCGCCACCACAGAAAAAGCUCCGGCAUGAAUAUUUCUUCUUUCUCUUCUUCUGCCUUUUCCAUUAUUUUGUCUGCGAUUUUUAUUACCCUCUAUACUAUGACUUUUUCCACCUUUUUCCUUUGGCUAUUUCUUUAACUAACACACGGCGCGCACGGAUUCCACGGCUCUAACGAGGCGGCGGGAAUGAUUGAUAGAUAGAAGGAGAAUUUGUGAGAAUGGGAGAAGGGAAAGGGGGGAAGAGAGAAGAGAGCGAGAGGUCCAUCCCGGGAAGUGUGUACUUUCCUCAUUUUCCGAUUUCGACCAUCUCUGUUCCAGGAGCAUACACUCUGUUCCCUACAAGGGCUCCAACGGCUACUCAAAUGGCUAUUCAAAUGGCUACUCUAGGUAUUAGAAGCCAUCCGGCCAACUAUUAUCCUAAAUUCCCGUAGACGCGCGUUUCUCUUUCUCUAUCGAAUGCUAUAUACUUACUCAUCCACCAAUUGAUCCUGAUCUUCCUCCUUUAUUAAAGCGAUAAUCCUCCGCCGUCGAUCCGUCGGCGACGACGUGUCAUAUUUGCCGGAGAUGAAGAGCCCGUCUCUGCGAACAGCAGGGGAACCGCGAAGCUCCAUCGAUCUUUUUAAUAUUUUUUUCUUUUUUUUUUAUUAUCACCACCUCGCCUACCAACCUCGCAUUUUAGUUUGUUCGUCCACGCUUCUUUGAUUUUUUUCCGCUUCUCUCAUCCUCCUGUAUCCCCUGAGCCUACACCCAGACGUCAAAAACAUCUUCGAAGAGAAUCGUCGCAACCCGACCAACACGAAGCACCGUCGCAGACUCAUAAACGAUGGCAGCGACCUGGGAUACGAAGAAGCGAGCAAUUUCACUAAACUUGCUGCAUAAUUCUACCAAGUUAAGUUGGAAUGGGUAACUGAUAUUAUCUUGUAAAAUGCGAUCGACAAAAUGUUCAAAGCGUACGAAAUUAAUUAAAAAUUUCUUCAUCUAUGCGGGAUGAUUGGAUCGAUGACGGGAGUCUUUUCCCGAUUAAGCUAUUUAGAUAGCUCGAAAAUUUAGCGUUGCGUGCGAUUAAAGGGACAACAUAUCGUGCAUAAUUCGAGAAUUCAUAUUAUACGAGAAAGAAAGACAGAUACGACGCUACCGGAAAAUAAUUUACUUAUCAAUUUAAAUCGCAUCUUAAAUAUUUUUUUCUGUUUUAUACAUGCACUAUCUUUAAUUAGAGACAUUGUAAUCGAUAAAAAUUUCCGCGAUCCUUUCACAAUAGACAAUGAAAAAGAUACACACGAUAUUUUUUAUCGAUCAAGGAAACUUUAAGGAAAUGAUUCUUCAUUGAUUACACGAUGAUUGGCGAGAGAGCAAACUGGGGAAGAAUCCGCAAGCAGACGAUCCACUUUCCCCCGCGUUUUCAUAACGGAAGCUGCCGCGUUGUUGCUCGCAGCCCUCCUCGGGCUAACGUCCUAAAUUGGACUACGUAAUAACCUACCUACUAGCUCUCUACGGGAACACGCCGGUCAGAGGAUGCGCUCGUGUUCGUUUGCUCGCGUGCUACCGUGCGACCACGCCCAGGCCCGAAGCGACGUCUUCCUCACCUCACCACCUGGUAAUCAACCGCGGAGAGCUACUUGGCUUCCCCGUUGAGAAAAUCCGUAUAAUCUCGCGCUGAUGAUGAUCCACGCAGAGGAAGAACGCAAAAUGGAAUCGCUCGCGCGAGCGGACCGAGAUUGUCGCGAAGAUUGUUCCACGACCGGACAACCUUGGCUUGUCCACGUGGUACACACAAGGUGGUAUCGCUGACGCAAAUACCAGUCAGCUGAGAUCGGUUUCCAAGUGGGUGAACCUUCGGCAAAGUGUCUCUUCGAUUCCGGCCGAGACAAGCGACCAACUCAAGUGGAAUAAGGAUCAACCGUUAUUCUCCGAGCGUCUCUCGAUCGUAUCUCUCUUUCUUUUUCUAUGUAUAUGUCGUCCCGUGUUUUUUUUUUCUCCUCCUUUUUAUUUAAGCCCGUGCGCGGGAUAAAGUGUCACUCUCGAAAAACGCGAAAUCUGCGCGAUAGAUGGACAGAGAUAUCCGCUUGGAAGUCGGCGAAUAAGCGACACGGUGUAGGUGGAUGAUGGCCGAUUCCCAUUUGCUUCUCUCGAGCGGGACGCUAAACGCGAGUACACCGUGUGGGAUAGUGCGCGUGUGGCGAGCACAAAUAUAAUCAUCGUGUUUGAAUAUGUAUUGAGUAAACGGCGGAAACCUUCAGUUCUCGUUUCUCGAGGAAACGGUAGGAAUACAAGACGUUUAUCUGUAUAAAGCGUAUAAAGAGUCGAACGGGAAUAUAUCGAUGAUUUUAUUUAUCGUCGAUUUUAUGUUAUCCGACAUUUGAAAUUUCAUUCGCAUUUCGACGAUGUAAACGCAAAUGCAAAUUUUAUACACAAGACUAGAUAUUUGUAUUUCUUUUUCCGAAUGAAACAAAGUCACAUUUCCAGAUUUGUUUUACAUAUACAUAUAUUUUUGCCUCUUAUAUUCCUACCUUCUUCUCUAAUAUCUACAAAAGAUUUAGAAUAUCUUAAAAAUAUGGAAAUUUUUACACUAUGAUAAUGAAUUAUUACUGUCGUUUUAAUCAUUCGCUCUAAUCAUCUUUCGACUCGCGUUCCUUGCGAUACACUGUAAAAAAUAUAUUUUUCGUGCAUUGAAUUUAAUAUAUUUUGUGCGGCAUGUUUUCUAAACUGUAUAUUAAAAGGAGAGAAAGCGUUUGGGAGAGGAGGGACAUGUAUGUUAAUGAGGAUUAAGAAAUUUACGUGAAUCUGGUUAUAAAAACAUAUACAUUUUCUUAUAUCGCUAAAUAUUUUUCAUUUCAACACGAGAGAAAAUAUCUGUAAUGAAUAACAAGAUGCGUAUGAGUUUGGGCUAGGGUAUCUCGAGAAUAUCGAGAGCUGCCAUUCAGCUAAUUGAAAAACUCGCAUAGUGAUCGAUAUGAGAACGAAUUUAUAUGAAAAGAUCCACGAUGUAGCUUCGAAGAGUACAGACACAAGAUUUCACCUUUCUUUCUAACUCUGUUUCGAUUCCCCCCCUAGUGGAAUGAAAUCGCGGUAGUACUUUGUACAUAGCUUGCAAAAAUUGCGCAUCUUACUGCGUCUUUAAUAUUAUUAUUAUUAUUAUAUUAUAUUGAUUAUUAAUUAUUAUUAUUAUUAAUUAUUAUUUUAUGAAUGUUAUCGAAAUAUAGCGCUUAGUCAUUCUGUAUUGUAGCCGCCGAUAGGCCACACGAGAGCUGCGUAGAGCUGCAUUCCGUUGUACGCGAUAUAAUAGGAGUGAUAAUAAUGUUAUUUUAUUUUUUAUUAUAAUAUUAAAAUUAUUGCAUUAUAGUAUAUUAUAUAUUGCCACACAUCGAUAUCCAUGCAUGUAUCGCUAGCUUUACACACAACCCCGGAGGUGCACGGUCGGCCCGUUAGGAAGGUUCAUGUUUCUGUCUCUUGGAGAGAGAUGAGAUAAUAUGAUAGGCGCGCGACGAUGAUUUCAUGUAUGCUUUCCGCACAUAGUAUUGUAUUAGUGGGAAAUUUCCACUCUCCACAACGGACUAGAAAUAAAUUCGCCAAGUUGUAAAACGCUA